CCGGCCUAACCAUAUGGAUAACAGAUAAAAGCGAUGUACAGUCUUCUACCGGAGCACACACGACAAUGAGAAAAAGCAGAAUGCCAGAAGAUACCAAGCUUGGAAUGCACCCAUAUUCUGCAGAGGCAUGUCAAAUUCCUCAACUGCCCCAUCUCUCCAUCGACACUUUGACUCUGAACCAGUUACGUGACCUAAUUCCCUACCUGAUGACAUUGGUCCGUGGUAAGACAGUUGACUUAACUGGGAAAGAUGCAAAACCUGACUGGUGGCCCUCUGAUAUUCCAUGGAGUGACACCAAGACGGACGUCAAUCAGCAGGAAACUGUCUGGACAGAUAUGCUGAGGAAUGUGGUAAAAAGCUGCUACAAACACAUGGGCCAGGAAAGUUCACUGUUGUCAAAAUCACAGGCUAAAACACGUAGCUUGCAAAGUUACCCGAUGCUUCAGUCAAUUCUUCAACAUGCAUCUAGAGUGAAGGCAGGAAAAGGGAAGAAGUCUAAUGCCAAACAAUAUGCAGAGAUCUAUGUUUGUUUUUUCUGUGAAAAGGAGUUCUUGGACCGCAGUGAGAUGCGACAACAUCAGGAGAAAUGUGUUGAACGACCACCUACCCUUCAGGUCGUAGGUACACCUCCACGUCAGACGAUAUCCCCUCGGGGCCCACCACCUAUCAGCCCUUUACCCAAAAUGUUGCUCUCUGAAAAAAAUAUCCGACCAUCCAAGGAUUUGUUUAUCAAACUGGUCAACUUAGUUCCUCAGAAAAAAGCAGAGAAGAUUCGUGCAAAACACAGAUACAGUCAGGAGAUAGAUUGUGAAAAAAUUGACCUUGAUGAACCAAUGUCCCCAACUACACCACGCACUCCCAAGUCUCUCAUUUCCCAACUCAGCCGAGAUGACAGUGCAGCUAUAUCAAAGAAGCGCUUAAGCUACUCUGAACCUGUAGACAGUGAUAGAGAAAGUGUUGCAAGUGGAAGUUGUGAGGAAGGGGAGGGUGGGUCAGUGCAGAAGGGGAGAUCUCUCCUGUCCAUUGACCUGACCUCAUUAUUGGGGCAAAGGAUACAGAAACAUAUACACACUGAAAGUGGACUAUUAGUCAUACCCAACGCUGAACAGUUCUGUAAAACCCCAGUGAAAAAUGACACCCUUGGUAAACUGAGACACAGAGUUGUGACAUUCCCAGUGACAUACAAAGCAAGGAAGAAACAUGUGGGAAAUUAUACACAUGAUUACACAUUCAAUAGCAAACAGAGGCGAGAGCGUUUGAGGAGAGUUAGAACGGGAAUAAACACAUCUAGUUACAAGCUCCUCAAAAGUCUGCCACAGUGCAAGGUAUUUAUGGAUCAGCUUAAAGACAGCGAUCUACGGCGAUGGUUGUCGCGGUUCAUGUAUAACAAGUUGAAAGGCAUUAAAAAAACAGUAGUCGAAGAGGAGGCAGUAUUUCCCAAGGAGCCCCUUCUCAUGUCCAAGGAUAUAGACAACUUACUGGGACUGAAGAGAAGAUCUGGCAGUAACAGCAACCCACCACUGUCUCUUGCCAAUGUUGUGUCAGAACAAGUGAAUGCAGAGGCUUCCAAACAGAAACUGACCUUGUACAGGUGUCUGCUUUCUGAUGUUUCCUCCUAUGGUGUUUUGUAUGGUGACAAGAACUUGGCUGCUAAAUCAGCAAAUGUAAAAAGUAAUAAAAAGAGUUCAGAGUGUGGUCGGCAGUACAAUUUGAAAUCUUCACAGAGCUCAAAGACCAAUAAGAGCUCUACCUUGUCAGGGAAUUCCUCACCAGUCAUCAGCGGUGUACUAGAUCUGCCUGCUUACUCAAAGUCACGGUCUGAUGAUGACAUAUCUGUCCUAUCCAUGUCGUCAGAUGAAGAAUCACUGAAGUCAGGGUGUUGUAUGGAGUGCCGGAGAAGAAAGCUAUGCCCGACAACUCAUGACCCAGUGUUUCGGUCUCCAUCUGUGUCUCCCAUGUCUUCACCCAAUACAGAUAGCAGGGCUAGACUUGUCAAGAGUGUGACUUUGCCCGUCAACACGCCACUACAGAUUAAUCCCUACGCAUCCUCAAAUGGGUUGAGGUCACCAGAUAUCUCGCCUUGCAGCUGUCUCUCCUCCCCAGGUUCUGACUAUGACCACAAAAUCUACCCCUCUCCAACCUCCUCGACAAAAGGUGUAUUGUCUACAAGUGUGACCAAACUCAAUGUAAAAGGAUUUCCCUCCCCAGGGAAGUUUCCAUCUGUUGGACAUCAAUCAGAGGUACGACGUACAAGGUCCACUUCAGCAUUUACAGACAAUGUGUAUAAACUAGAAAGCCUGCUUACUGCUGGUAAAACGGAGGAACCGAUUAUGUCUCUACGCAACAGUAAAUCUUCUUCCCCUGCACAAGACAUUGUUCUACCACCCUCUCCUUCCUCCUGUGCCUCUCCAGACAGCUGUAGUGAUAGUGCUAGAUACAACGUAGCGUCACCUGUCAGAGAUAUCCCAGCAAGUGUUGAGAGCUUGUCUGCACAGCGGCGUAUUCUCAGGGCGUCACGUUCAGAGUCGCCUGGUGUUUCUAUCCACACACAAAGUGAAUCCCCUAAGAAAUCGUUAGGUCUGCCAACACUAAGAGUUCUUCUGAAGAGCUCGGGAAUGAACCCUAAAAAGGAUUUAAUUCUGAGUCUUUCUGACUUGAGUCCUCAUACAACCAGCCCUUCUAAGUCUAUUGAACCGACACGACGGUCAAAGAGGAUUUUGUCUUCAGGGUCUCCAGGGGGCAGUCCAGCCAAACUUCGUAAAUUGGAAACAAGAUAGUGACUUCUGGUCAAUACAAUCCAUGACAUACAUCUGGUCAUUCACAUUGAUCUCCAUAGUGCCUGGUGACAGAUCACCAUGUUUUAUUUUAGUAUGACCAGACUACCAGACUUGUCAUCAUUGUAAGGAGUAAUAACAUAGCAGUGACAUCAGUCCUCACCUUCAUAUAAAGAGAUAACUGUUGUCACUGUUAUUUUUGUCGGUGAAAAUGUUGAUUGUAAUGAAGGGGUGAUCAAAUUACAUAGA